GUACCCCACUUGACACCCCACCCCCAGACCAUUCAGAGUAUGAAUCAUUAACCACUACUCUCUAAAUACGAUCUUUCAGCCUAGUUUUCUAUCCAUUUACAUUUGCAUUGUUCCAGCCCUGUGUCCAAGUAUACCACGUCCACCGCUACCCCUACUCUGUCCAAGUAUACCACGUCCACUGCCACCCCCUCUGUCCAAGUAUACCACGUCCACCUCCCCUUCUGUCCAAGUAUACCACGUCCACCAUCACCCCUCUGUCCAAGUAUUACCACGUCCACUGCCACCCCUCUGUCCAAGUAUACCACAUCCACCACCCCACCCCUCUGUCCAAGUAUACCACGUCCGCCACCGCCACCACCCUCUGUCCAAGUAUACCACGUCCACCGCCACCCCUCUGUCCAAGUAUACCACGUCCACCACCACCCUCUGUCCAAGUAAUACCACGUUCCCCUACUCGCCACCCCUCUGUCCAAGUAUACCAUGUCCACCGCCACCCCUCUGUUCCAAGUAUACCACGUCCACCACCACCCCUCUGUCCAAGUAUACCACGUCCACCACCACCCCUCUGUCCAAGUAUACCACGUCCACAGCCACCCCUCUGUCCAAGUAUACACGUCCACCAGCCACCACUCUGUCCAUAUGAUACCACGAGCCCAUCGCCACCACUCUGUCCAAGUAUACCACGCCACCGCUUACCCCUCUGUCUUAGUAUACCACGUUGACCACCACCCCUCUGUCCAAGUAUACCACGUCCACAGCCACCCUCUGUCCAAGGAUUUUGCUCACCUCCAAUCUAACCUGUUUCAUGAUGGUUUAAUCCCAGCUCACCUCUACAAUGUUGUCUACAGUAAACAUUUAAGCUUCCACUGAUUACAGAAUACUAAAUACUGCACUAUAUACUUCAAUGUUUUACAUUACAUACUCCUGACCCCUGCACUAUAUACUCUAUGUGUACAUUACAUACUCUGACC